AUGGAGGAUCACGAAAACGCAAGAAACGCAUCAAAUGAAUCAAAUCCAAAGCAAACUAAUAAUUCUUUAUCAAUGUCAAAGCAACAAACUUCAAUCGAACAAUUUUUUGAUUCAAAAGAAAAGGCAACUGAAUCAUCAAAAGAAAGUUACAGGUUUUAUAAACUUGAAAUGCCUCAAGCCGAAGUAUUAUAUUAUCCAUCAAUAUUAUCAUCCGAAGAAUGUUCCAAGAGUUAUACGGAAUUAAUUAAUCUUCCUUACUGGAUUCGUCCAACCUUUAAAAUAUAUGGUCGACCCGUUCUUGCACAUCGUCUUACCUGUUCUUUUGGUUCUAAUCCUAAUAAAGCUUAUCAUUAUUCCGGUACAUUGGCUAGUGCCGAUGCUUUAGAAUAUCCUCCUUCUAUUAAGUUAAUAAAAGAAAAAUUGGAAUUUAUUUUAAAUACCGAUUUUAAUUUCGUAUUAUUGAAUUGGUAUAAAAAUGGAAGUGAUUACAUUGGAGAACAUUCGGAUGAUGAAAGGGGACUCGCACCAAAUGGAAUGAUUGCCAGCGUAAGUUUAGGUGCAUCAAGAAAAUUUGUUUUCAGGAAUAAAUUAAAUAAAAAAAAUGUUCAGAAAUUAAUUUCACAAAAUGGAUCAUUAAUGAUUAUGAAAGGAACAACUCAAAAAUAUUGGAAACAUUAUAUUCCAAAAGAGAAGAAAAUUACGGAAGGUCGAAUUAGUUUAACAUUUAGACAACUUAUUUAA